CAUUUUUCACCCGUACCUCAACCAUACUGUGCACUGAUACGUUACGGGGAUGCGGCCAAAUCGUGACAGCGUAGUAGCCUGGUUAAUUUGACAACGGCAUAAACCGGAGUCACUAGGGCAACACCUACUUUGUGGCUGUGCAUUCGUUCGUUCGUUCAUUCACUUCUGCGCUCGCUGCCCCCCGGUGAAAACAGGCGAGGUUUUGUCGCGGACCCCUCCCUUUCUUCCAAAUAUAGUGUUUGGUACACCGCCAACCGCUGGAAAUAUGCAUUUAGCAGUAUCCGCCGAGAAGCUGUUCGGAAGACAUCUCUUACCAUGACUGGUUAUCAACAAAUUCGUUUAGGAUGUCAAGGUUUGGCAGCGAACGUCUGAAUACCUUUUUUUUCAUCGCAGACGACUGUAAAAAACACCAUGAGACCCUGUGGAUCGAAGCGGAGUUCCCCGUCCGAAUUGGCCAGCCGGUGAGGGGCGUGGCCUGUGGAAUGGGGCGUAAGUGAGUGGCUGAGCGGGGUCCACCCACAGUGGGCGGAGCGGAGGAGGGGGCGGGACUAUGCCGCCGGAGCGUCAGCAUGCCUCUGCCAGACGCGCGCUCGCUCGGUCUGGUCUCCGCCUGCCUGCUGCUCCUGCUCCUCCCGCCAUCCCGCGGCUGCCCCAAGAGCUGCGUGUGCCUGCGCCGGUCCGACGGCCUGGAGGUCACCUGCAGCCACGCCCGCCUGCGCGCCGUGCCCUCCGACAUCCCGCCGGACACCGUCCUGCUGCGGCUCGACCACAACCAGAUCAGCGCGGUGCCGGACCGGUCCUUCCGCGGCCUGGCGCGGCUGCGGGAGCUGAACCUGUCGCACAACGCGGUGGAGACGCUGGGCGAGGGGGCGCUGCGCGGCGUAGAAGCCACGCUCCGCACGCUCGACCUGUCGCACAACCGCAUCAGCCGCGUGCACCGCGACGCCUUCGCCCGGCUGCACGCCCGCGUGCUCAUGGGCGACAACCCCUGGCACUGUGACUGCGCGCUGCAGCAGGCGCUGCGCGUGAUGGCACACAACCACGAGGCCGCCGGGCGCGUGCGCUGCCACAGCUCGCCGCUGCGCGACCACCGCGAGGGCCAGCCCUUCCUCGCCAUGGACGCCGACCUGUGCAACCUGGCCAAGCGCACCACCGACUACGCCAUGCUGGUCACCAUGUUCGGCUGGUUCGCCAUGGUGGUGUCCUACGUGGUGUACUACGUGCGGCAGAACCAGGAGGACGCCCGGCGCCACCUGGAGUACCUGAAGUCCCUGCCCAGCAAGGCGCCGGGCCGGGCCGAGGAGGCCCCCGAGGACGCCAGCACCGCCGUAUGACCGCCGGCGGGUGGGCGGGGCUCCGAUGGGCCCAGACCCAGGUGGGCGGGGCUCCGAUGGGCCCAGACCCAGGUGGGCGGGGCUCCGAUGGGCCCAGACCCAGAUGGGCGGGGCUCCGAUGGGCCCAGACCCAGAUGGGCGGGGCUCCGAUGGGCCCAGAGCCAGAUGGGCGGGGCUCCGUUUGGGCCCAGACCCAGAUGGGCGCGGUCCAGCGACACCCGAAGGCUGGAUUUUAGAGGGCUCGGGGAACGGGCACUAUCGAGUCCAUAUGGAUGUAAAAAGGAACUGAACUAAGAAAAAUUAGCUUCCUAAUUCAACAUUACAUGCCUUCACACCCCCCUGUGUGUCCCCAUACCGCCUUCCCCGUGUGUGUGUGUGUGUCCAUAAUGCCACCCCAGUGUGUGUGUCCAUAUACUGUCUCCCCUGUAUGUCUGUUCCCAUACCGUCUCCCCUGUGUUUGUGUCCCUAUAAUGCCACCCCAUGUGUGUUCCUAUAAAGCCACCCCCCCGUGUGUGUGUCCCCAUAAUGCCACCCCCUGUGUUUGUGUCCCCAUAAUGCCACCCCCUGUGUGUGCCCAUACCGCCACCGGUGUGAUUCUAUUGCAAAAAACUCUUUAAAAAAUGAAAAUGUACUUCCUGUGGUUGAAAAAAGAGUGAUCUGUAAAUUUCGAUUCCGCAACGUAUGUGUGUGAAAAUGCUGUGUGUGCGAGUUGCCAUGGGAACUGGGAGGCUGAGGCUGUGGCUGCUGAGAUCAGAGGAACUGCUGGUCGUUUUGUGGUUAGAUUGGAGUCAGCCCCAAAUUAGCCCCUGCUGUGAGACAACCUCUCAUGGUAUCAACAGGAUCAAGGAAAUCUUACACACACAUGCACACACACGCAUACACACAUGUAUACACAUAUGCGCACACACACACACGCACUUAUGCGCGCACACACACACACACAAACAUACACACACGCACACAGAGUUCCAGGUUUCCAUAGUUACAGGGUGUAAACGCCUUGUGCACCAUGAGACGACAGACAUGCCUGUCAUUUACGGGAAUGGAGAAGAUAAUUAAAAACAUGCAUGCAUGCACGUACACGCUUACACACACACACGCACAUGCUUACACACACUCACACACACUCACACGCAUGCACACAGACACACAUGCACGUAGACACACACACUCACACGCAUGCACACAGACACACACACGCACGCAUGCACGUAGACACACGCUGACACACAGACACAGACACACACACACGCUUACACACAGACGCACGCACGCAUGCACGUAGACACACACACUGACACAUAGACACACACACGCUUACACACAGACACAUGCACGUAGACACACACGCUGACAGACAGACACACACAGACACACACACAUGCUUACACACACUCACACACACUCACAAACAGACACAUGUACACAGACACACACACACGCUUACGCACACACGCAUGCACGUAGACACACGCUUACACACACACACACACGCAUGCACGUAGGCACACGCUGACACAGACACACACAUGUACACAGACACGCACACACGCAUGCACAUAAACACACACGCUGACACACAGACACACACACUCACACAAACACACACGUACACAGACACGCGCACACGCAUGCACGUAGACACACACGCUGACACAUAGACACACACACUCACACACACACACAAACACACACAGACACACACACUCACACAAACACACACGUACACAGACACGCGCACACGCAUGCACGUAGACACACACGCUGACACAUAGACACACACACUCACACACACACACAAACACACACAUACACACACACGCACACACACACACUUACACACAGACACAUCCACCCCAUUUGAUUUCUGUUAUUGUCUUCCCAAGGCUGUACACCGGUUCUCUCUGCAGUGACACUGAGUGUGAUGUGAGCUGUCCCAGGAGAAAGUGGAGAGACAGAAUUACAGUUGUCCCUGUACCUGCCCUGCCUCUCCACACCUGGGGGGGUACAGCUACAAUCCCCCCAACAGAGAGGGGGGAAGGGAGGAGGGAGGGAGAGGGGGAGAAACAAGGCAGAGGGAAGAAAGAGUGAAAAUAGGGAGAGAGAGAGGGAGGGAGAUGGAGGAAUGAAGGGAGAAGAGAGAGGGAGGGAGAAAGAGUGGGGGAUGGGAGGGCAGAUAUUGAGAAGAGCAAAAGAGCGUGUGAAGCAGAGAGAGAGAAAUAUAGAAGUAUAGGGGGAUAGGGAAAGAGGAGGAAGGGAGGGAGGGAUAAAUGUGGAAUACUUCAGAGAGAAAUCAAGGCAGGCAGCAAUGGAGGGGGGGCAAAUUGGGAGGAUGAGAGUAAAGAGAGAGAGAAAGAAAUAGUCAAAUUUAAAUCUAUACGUAUGUAAAACCCAGCCCAUGGACUGGUUCUAAAUGUCAAGCAGCUGCAGUAUUUGCAGAGAACUCCGUGCCGACGUGGAGGCUUACCCUGAUCCAAAAGGUUUUAAAUUAAUUAUUGAUGCUACUGAUCUAUUAUUAAAAAGCCAGUAAAGUGUAUGGUGAACUGGUGAGCCUAAAUAUGAACUGUGUCAUAUUUAGGCUUCAUAUUUAACUUGUUCUUCACAGACUGCCUUCAUCAGUGUAACUGAAUGGGAUCGCUGCUUCCUGGGUCAUGGCUAAUAUUUCUUUUCAAAGCAACGUGUAAAUAGAUCCCUGGUGUUGUGUGAAAUGGUACGGUGUGUACAAACCCUUUAAACUGUCGUAUUUUGAAUGUAUUAGUUCAGCCCGUUGCCUUGUCUUUCCAGAAAAAAGUAGAUAAAUAUUAUUUUCAUAAAAAAGUGUUUCCGGCGGUUUUCUUUAAGCACAAUGUAGCCGAGAACAGCGGAGUUUUUAAGUGCCUGAAAUCUUAGCUUCUUUUUCCUUUCCACGGCUGUUUCCUCUGUUUUCAAAAAUAUUACGGAAUCUCCGCGUCAGUGCAGAGCCAGGGGUCUUAGUUUCGGCUGUCCAUGUCAGUGCCUGUGCGGCUCACUUCAUUCUGUGUGAAUCAGCGCCCUUAGGGGGAAAUGCAAAACCCGGGGACGGUGUUUGGUUGGCCGGUGUGAACGGUUUUGGACCUGCGGCCCAAUUGGCAGGUUGUUAGAAGUGUUUGUGCUCUCAUUGGAUCGUCCUAAAACACUCAUCGGACUUGGUGCUUCUGGGGAACUUCCGGCACCACACAAAAUGGGGGGGACAUAGGCUGAUCUACAACCAGCCCAAAAGAUACAAACCGCUACAGAAAGGAGGGAGCUAAUGACCUAAUGGCCUAACCCUAACCCUAACCCUAACUGAACGAGUCUUAGUCUUCUUUAUAUAUGGAGCCAGACAUAAACUAGCCUAACAGCUGGGUCCAGGGGUGGUGCUUCUGACAGACUACGAGCAGCCAGUGAGAGCGCGAGUGCAACCGCGGGACGUGUAGCCAACGGCGCCGCAUGGGGGAGGGAAAGCUGAUUCCAAGGGCCCUGACUGACAGGGGCCCUCAAAAAAUAUGAGAACAUGGGAUCUGGGCUGUUCUGCGGUGGUGGGGCCCACUGUGAGAUCUUUUCAUGGGGCCCAAAAUCCCAGAAAACGCCUGAAUGUAGCAGCAAGGUUCGGCCAGCAUGGCCUUCUGUAGGCAGAAGGAGAGGAGCCGUUAGCCCCUGUCUGCACAGCCCAAACAGGCCCAGAGCUGAAGCCAGUUUGGCGCAAGUCUCUCGCCAAAGACUCGGGCUGCUGGCCUGUUUGCCUCAGAGGGGACGACAACUCUAAUCCCCUCCCAAGCCGACCCUCCUUUCCCUUAAUGUCACGCUGGCCACUGUGGCUGCUAACAUCUUCACUUUAACCCUGCCCCUUGGGCUUAGCCACACCCCUUUACCCUGCCUGGCCCAAUGAGGACCAAGGGAAUUUGACCUCAAAGUGGCUCUGUCGAUUGUUGUUAGUCUGUUUGGAGCAACACGCGAAACCUUUGACUUCAGACCUAGCGCACCUUACGACAGGUAACAGGACACUUUUGAUUCAGCAUAUCCAGGUGGCUUACCUCCCCCUGUUUGGAGCGCUCCUGAAAACCUUUUUGCCAGUUCAGUUAAGCGCAAGCUAAUGCAUUUUAUUUUUGUGGAGGUCAGUCCAAGGUGGCCAUUUUCUCUUAAUUCUCCUGAUCUGCUCCAGGCUUCCAUGCUAUCUGUACCUGCCGGUGAGACAGUUAAAUACUGAACCAAUCUCUUUCAUAGAUUCUGCUGUACCACUGAGGACACAGUCGAGUGGAAUAAGCGUUUCAUGCUGUUGAGUUUGUCUUUGAUUACAAAAAAAGUAUAUUAUGUGGCUCACAAGAUAUAAGAAUUGCUUUAUUUGUGUGUUUAUUUUUAGUUUUCUUUCGUGUUUAUCCCCCACUCUUUUUGUAAGUGUUCAGACUUACAUGUGUUUGCCUUCUGUUCCAUAUGGUGGUAUUUGUCCUGAAGACCUAGCACUGAACACUGUAAACUGAACACUGUAGGCAUGUGUAGAAUAAAGAGGACGUUUAGAAAUGAA